GCUGUCGCGCUUCCCCAUUGGACCAGUGAGAGAGCGCGCCUGGACCAGGGAAGAAGAAAGCAUCCAAUCAUCUUGCAUUGAUCCAUGAAAUCCAGGGGUUCGGGGUCUUGCCUCUUCGCCAAGCUGAGCCGGGCCACCACGGUUCGCAGUUGAUCCCAUUUCGAUUCGAUCGUGAGCGGCUGCGCUGCUCCUGCCUCUCCCUCUCGAGCUCACAUCGUGUCGUUAUCGCUGCUCUCCACUCGCCAUAUCUCGUCGCUCCUUUGUAGUGCCGGUCCUCUCUGGCGAAAGCUUCUGAAGCUUUAGGCUCCGCUGCUGUGUUUACCAAGUGUUGCAGGCGUGGGGAGCGGGUCACCUUGUGAUCGCACAGUACUGUUUCAGCAUCGUCGGCCCCCUCGAUGAAACUUCAAAGAACAGCUAGAGCCCCAUCAACAGUGUCGCGUGCCAAGAAGCAGGCCAAUUCGGAGUCUUGAAGAUCUCGACCGACUCUCUCACUUCUCACGCGGUCUCGCCUUCCCGCCUUGUCGCCCAUUGCAAAGCCAUCCCUGCCGUACCGUGCCCCCCUUCAGUCUCUAUUCUUUCCCUAUUCAAGCUCCGACGUCCGCCUCCGAACUCUUCUGGAACAAGAAGCAAGGCCGAACAAACAAAAAACUUUGGGAGGAACCAGGGACAGCCGAGACCAGACGGCGGCAAAGCCGAGAAAAGGAACCUAAUCACUAAUUCCUAAUCAUAAGAAACGAACAAACGAGGCCUUGGGGGUAGUUGGUACCUUUUUUUUUUGUUGGCCAUUCACCAACUGGAAAUUUUGGGGGCAUAUUCACAGGGAAGAGCCGCUUUUCCUCGGAACGGACCAGGGGCAGCACCAUUGAGCGACUCUUUUCGGUUUUGGGCUAGAUAAUUGGCCAAAUAUUUCCUUCCUGUCUUUUGGAACUUGGAACAAUUGCACCAGCUUGUGGGAGAUCAGGAGGGUCGAGGCUUCGGGAUGGAGCUCGACCGAAUCGAGAGAGAUGAGCAGCAGCGGCUGCCGAGCACGCGGAAGAUUAUGAAGCCAGCCAUGGCGACUACGCCGACGACGAACGAGACGGGCCACGAGCGAACCACCUCCGAGCCGAUCCCUCUCGAGAUGCAGGAAAAGGCACGAGACCACGACUCGCUCGUGACAGUUCGCCUUUCCGAACCCCCUUCCCUGACGGUGAAUACAGCCGUCCCGCCGAGCACAAUCCCUCCUCGCUAUGAUGCCGAGUACGCCCCGAGCAAGACCAUGGCCGAAACACUGAUCGAGGAGGACGAUGACGAUGACGAUAGUGAAUCGGAGAUAUUCGAACCCGAUACUCGCAAGAAGAAGGGACCCAGCUUGCAAGAUGAGCUGGGCGAAGCUGAGGAGGGACGCUCGGAUGAUGUUGCCAAUGAUUCGAGGUCGAGUUCUGGCUCCGACGCGGUUGAUUGGGACAAACUUCAGGCGACAGAAGAUAUGGAGGCUAGAAACAAACAGAACGCACAAGCGUCCACCGCCUCGCUGCUUGCUCGGCUGGAACAAGAAAACAACAGAAUCGCAACCAAUCCGAAGAGCAUCAAGGUCAAGAUCAUUGAGCGACAGCAACACUUGCGAGAGAGCCACCCGAGACCGCCCUCGAUGGCACAGCUUCGGAAAAUGGUCACCGGGCCGACCCCUCCAGCCCUCCGGUAUUCGACGUUGCCGCCGACGCCCAUGACCGAGCUUGAGUUCUACCUCGCCUUGGUCAAAGACCCUCAGCAAACGGCUGCUCGCCUGCCGACUCUGUUGUCCAACAAGGUCAGGAAGGGCAUCCCACCGCCGCUGCGGGGUGUUGUCUGGCAGAGCAUGGCCGGCGCCCGCGACAGUGCCCUGGAAGAGGUUUUCGAACGGUUGUCUGGCGAGUCUAGCCCCUAUGAGGGCGUCAUCAGCAAGGAUCUUGGACGAAGCUUUCCAGGUGUGGACAUGUUUAGGGAUCCCGAAGGCGACGGACAACGAAUGCUCGGUCGGGUGCUCAAGUGCUUCAGUCUCUAUGACACCAAGAUUGGGUACUGCCAAGGGCUCGCCUUUCUGGUCGGCCCCUUGCUCAUGCAUAUGGGCGACAAGCAGGCAUUCUGUGUUCUGGUCAGGUUGAUGGAGAACUACGAUCUGCGCCAUUGUUUCGUUCCCGAUCUGUCAGGGCUGCAUGUCCGCAUCUACCAAUUCAGAGAGCUGCUGCGCCAGCAUCUGCCCACUCUGUCGACGCAUCUGGAUGAGUUGCAAGUCGAACCCGCCUAUGUUUCACAGUGGUUCCUCUCCUUCUUCGCCGUAACGUGCCCCCUGCCCAUGCUGUUUCGCAUCUACGAUGUGAUCUUUGCCGAGGGGGCGUCAGAGACCAUCAUGCGAGUCGCCUUGUCGCUCAUGCGCAAGAACCAGGCGCGCAUCCUGGCCUGCACCGAGCUCGAGGACGUGAUGCAUCUGCUCCUAUCGCGCGGGCUCUGGGACUGCUACAACUACAACGCCGACGAGUUUGUCCAGGAUUUUGCUGCGCUCUCUGAAAUUGUCACCAAGGCCCGGUUGGCAGCCUUGGAACAGGGGUACAGAGAAGCUAACCUUAGCCCAAGCGCCAAUCCCCGUGCCACAGAUGCAACAGCGCAACAGGUGUCGGAUGUUACCACCGCAGCCUCCCGUUUUCUGGGUCGCCUGUGGGCUUCCUCUUCAACACCGCGAUUUGCCACGUUUGCGGCAGCCGCCUCCGCAUCCAGCAACACCAGUACUGCUAACACCACUACCAACACGCUCAAUCCUGGCCUGGGCGCCGUGUCGCGUCCGUUGAGCAUGCUUCGGCGAAGCACGUCGAAGCAGAGCCUGGCAUCCACCCUCAACUCGAUGGAGGUUGGCUCGUCCACUACUUCAUCUGCCGCUAGCGUCCUCAGCUCCGUAUCUACCGAAGCAACGUCCGUCUCGCGGGACAGCUCCGCUGACGAUUCAACCGUGACGGGCGCACCGCAAAAGACAUCGCCCGCCGUCUUCUCGAGCGGCGCCAAUAACAGCAAGGAGGACAAGCAACUUCACAGCCAGAUUGAAGACUUGCUCACAGCCCUUAGCGAACUGCAACGGAACCAUGCCUUGUUGGCCAGCCAGCUACAAAAGGAAAAGGAAGACCGCGAUGAGGACAGAAAGGCAGUGCGAUCGUUGCUGGACGGCCUGCGCAAAAAGGCGGGCGCCGAGGAUUCGGCGGCAUUGUCGUCCAGUGUCGAUAGCGAGGACACCAUUCGAGAUGCCUCGACUGAACCAACCUCGGAAGAGAGUGACGAGACAGUCAAGCCCACCUCGGAGGAGCUAUCCGACCUGCUCGAUAUCGUCGAGCUUCGCUUCAGCGACUCGGUGGUCAACCGACGGUCGUCCAUGGCGCAGACCAAAUCACAACUUCGAGACGAGCUGGCUCGGGCGAAAGAACAGUUAUCCCACGAGGUGUCCAAGUCACGAGAGCACGAACGCAAGAUUCAUGAAGCGGAGCAGGAGGUCUCCUCUCUGAAGGAGCAACUGAGGGAGAGCCACACACAUGUCCGAACUUUACACCAGGAGAAGCAGCGCCUCGAGCGGCAGAUACAUGGCAUGCGGACCAGGGCGUCCGACACGCCAGCCUCUAACGCGACCAGUGCCGAGUGGUUCCCCCAAAUUGGUACGGCAGCGGGUACAAGUGGUCUCCGCGAGCUCAAGCUGGGCCGCAGCAGGUCCACCCCAUCCCACCCGCCCAACUACAACAAGCGAGCGUCGUCGAUGACGAUGCAGAAGAAGUCCAACCGGGACUCGGCCGGUUCCACCCUGAACGUCGUGGCUCCUCCCCCACCCCCGCCUAUCCCAACCAGCGAGAGUGAUGCCCUUCUGCUCGAGCUCGCGGCGGCGAAGACGGCCGAAGCUGUCGCCAAGCAGGAAGCCGAGGAGGCGAGGCAGAAGCUGGAGCAGCUCCGGAAGGCCUUUGGGCUGGCUCCGGGCGAGACACCACCAGCGCUGCAGCGAAAUCACAGCACGGCAGACGGUGGGGGGCCAGCGGCAGCAGCUAUGGGCAUGUUUGGUCGGCUUACUGGGACGACCGGACCGACGUCUGUGCCUGCUCCUGGCGAGUCCCCUCAGAAGGCCGCCACGGCGCCUGCCGCCACCAAUGCUACGGGCGGCGGCGGUUUCUGGGGCUGGAGGAGGUGAGCUGACCAAGAUGAAUGUGAUACAUUGGCUGGCUUGCUGUUUUGAGAGUGGUGGUGUUUCAUGGCUGAUGAUUUUCUAUUGCUGGGCUUUAUUCUAAUGAGCAAGUCUCCAUGACCUAGAAGGCAUGGGGAGGCGGUUAUGUUGUGUUUUUGGUUUUCCUUCUAUUACACCUCAUUCGGAGGCGCUUGGGCGCAAGUUUUCUCUUUUGGGCACAUAUAAUUUGAUGGUUUCGUGUUACUGCUUCGGUGGAUUUCAGGAGGGGCAUAUGCCAUAUAUGCGGUUAAGAACCAUAGCUGUCCACAGGCGAGGCGGAGAAGGUUGUGUUUAUUGAAACAAUAUGAGAUACCAGUAGUUUAUGGGUUGUGGGUUGCUGUUGUGGUAUAUUGAGUUUGCACAAACAGAGGGGAAGUGGGUGAAUGCAGGGUGGGGUAUCAAGGGAGUAAAGAUGGGAAUGACAGGUAUAUGAUCCUGAGUAUAGUGUAUAGCGUACCCACUACUGCUUAAAUCAGAAAGCAUUAGAAGAGGAACUG